AUGUUCCUGGAACCAAUUUAUAAAGCACUUCACAUACCACAAGACUUGACUUAUGGGAGGUCUGCAUUACCAUAUUCUCCUUAUGAGCAAACGCUUCAUUUACCGCCAUACAUCCAUACUCAUCACGAAAUCCCAUUUUCCUCUUCCACUUCACCAAUAUUAAGCAACCUAAAAGAGCAUUUCAUAUAUUACCAAACAUGGCAACUACCAAUCACCAUUACAAAACAACAACGAAAUGUUGACAUACUCUUUGUCCAUGGUCUGAAUGAUUAUGGAGGUAGAUUUUCUGAAUUUAGUAAACCAAUCUUGGAAAAAGGAUUUCGAGUGAUAUCAAUUGAUUUGCCAAGUUUUGGAAGGUCAAGUGGACUACAUUCAUAUAUAGAAAGUUGGCAAUCAUUGGUUGAGGCAAUUUAUUUGGUUAUCAAUCAUGUUCAAGGACAAAACUUGACAGAGAAUGUUGAUGAGGAGGAAGAAGUAGUAGAAUUGAGAAAAAAUCGUAAAAUUAUUUUGGUAGGUGGGUCGCUUGGCGGAAUGGCUAUUUUAUGUUAUGCUAUAAGAUAUCCAGAAACAUUUGAUUCGUUUGUGAUAAUGGCUCCUUUAAUUCAUGUGCAUGGUCAAAGUAGGCCUAGUAAAUUACUUGAAUAUUUGGCAAAAUUCCUUGUUAAAACACCUUUUGGGCGUCUGCCACUUGCUAAAGCUCACCGUGGUAAAAGUAGUAGUGAUCCAUUACAUGAUUUUAGAUUUUUAUCAGACCCGCAAACUUAUCAUGGAAACUUACGAUGUGCAACAGGUUUGUCAUUAUUGGCGGGUACUGAAUGGUUACAAUCAAAUCUUGAAGAGAUACGUAAACCAUUUUUAACAUUACAUGGAACAAAUGAUCGCGUUUGUCAUAUGAGAGGAUCAAAAGAAUUGAUUUCACGAUCUCAAACUCCUGAAGAUCAAAAAUUCAUAAUCUUGUAUGAUUAUUGUGAACAUGAUAUGUUGCGAGAUCAUGGUAGCGGUAAGAAAGUUUUGGGAGAUAUGAUUGAUUGGUUUGUAAAAAGAGAUGUUGGUUUGGUUAAUUAG